GCAUUAAAUCCACAAAAGGUAACAUCAAGGCAGCAGUUUUUGGACUUUGUGUUCCACAUCGCUGCCCACGGUUCUCUAUAUAGUGGUCAGGCACAGCAGGACGGAAUCAGACACACUGAAGAAGGCUCACACACAGGUUCACAGAUAUAGCCAUGAAGUUGUUUGUGGUGCUUGCUCUUGUUGCUUUCACUGGCUGUCAAGCCAAUGUUCUGAGGUCAGACGAACCCACGCCACAACUGGAGCUGGUGAAAGAUGCAUUCUGGGACUACUUUGUCAAGGCAUCACAAAAGACCCAAGGUGCUCUGAAAACCAUCGGAGAGUCUGAGUUGGCACAGCAAGUGAAUGCAAAGAUCAAAGAGAGUGUGGAAGUGGCCCAACAAUACAGAAAAAUUGUGCAGGAACAGGUGAUCGGCAUUAAUGACGAGUUACAUAAAAAGCUUUCUGAACAUGUGGAACAGCUGUCAGAGAGCCUGCAGCCGGAUAUAAAUGAAGUGAGGGUCCAGCUGGAGCCCCUAGCAGAGAAGCUGAGUGCCAACAUUCAGCAGCAGAUGCAGAAGGUGAGGCAGGUGCUGGACCCCUACACAGAGUCCCUGGUCACUGAAGCCCUGAGGUACAAGUUGCCUGACAUAAUUUGGAAACUGUACGAAACUGUAGAAUCGAGUCUGACUGAGCUGCACUCCCAGCUGGGCCCCUCCACGGAGGAGCUGAAGGAGAAAGUGGAAGAGAGCAUGCGGGAGUACAGGGAAUUUGUGUUUCCCCUGGAAGACAUCCUUGUAAAUGAGAUCAUUAACAAAUAUUUGGUGUUCUCCCGGAUCCUGAGCCCCCACAAUAACAGUCUGAUGGAGAAGCUCGAUCCCUACAUCCAGGGCCUCAAAUCCCAGCUCACCGCUCUCUGGGAGUCUUCUGCCAAUAGUGCCUAAGUGCAGGAGGAACCACUCCCUGCUCCCCUUAUCGAUUCUAAGCUGUUGAUAGAUUUGAAAAGCAUAUCGAUUGAGUGGCUCUUUCUUACUUUUCAUGUACUAUUAACAACAUUGAAGACCCACAGCAAUUAUGAUGUCAUUCUAUUGUUCAGGAAGAGCUAAGAGGAUACUCUGAUACUGAAGCAAAAUGUUUUACUUUUUUCAUGACUGCUUAGAUAUGUAUAUAUUACUUUUUGACAUGUUCUGUAAAAAUCGAUAGAUGCUGUGUUCUCAGAUAUCUAACUUUCUGAAAUAAAGCAAGAAAAUG